CACCGCAGGAACCUUUAAAAAUCUUCCAAAAAUCAGCAGAUAUCAACAUGCUUGAGCAGACUUUUUUGAACUGUAAGGGCUGAAAGCAGGAGUGUGUGAAGGAUAUUUGAAACAUGCAUUUACCAACAAGAAACUUGAAUCCAUAAUCCAUCAAGACCUGAAUAUAUCAAACUUUGAAUAUGAAGAGAAUUGUUUGCAUCUUCUAUCUGUGAAGAAAGAUUUCAAAACAUCAACGUGACUGGAAACACAGAUAUACACACCCAAAUGAGUGUUCUAGCAGACUGACUGGAAAGAGCUUUAACCAGUUGCGUUGUCUGAAUUUUUUUUAAAGUCUCACAACUUAAAGCAAGGAGAGGCUGUAUACGUGUUCUGUAUGUGGACAAAACUUCAACUGCUUGUGCGACUGGACAGACUCCAGGACUCUGACAUCAUGGCAAAGCCAUGGAAAUGUGAUGACUGUGGUAAAGGAUUUGAUUAUCCAUCUCUGCUGGAAAACCAUCGGCGUGGUCACACUGGAGAGAAGCCAUUCAUUUGUUCUGUAUGUGGGAAGGGAUUUACUCAGACAACAAAUCUCAUGUCACACCAACGAACUCAUACUGAGGAGAGGCCAUUCAACUGCAGUCACUGUGGAAAGAGGUUCAGGUCUUCAUUUAGCCUCAGCACACACCAGCGAGUUCACACUGGGGAGUGGCCAUUCACCUGUGCAUGUUGUGGGAAGGGAUUCACCAAGUCCUCCAACCUGAUGACUCAUCAGCGAAUUCACACAACAGAGAAGCCAUUCUGCUGUGCCUCCUGUGGAAGGAGUUUUAGGCAGUCUGGCCAUCUCAUUGUACACCAGCGAGUUCACACUGGGGAAAAACCGUUCAGGUGCUCUUCCUGUGGAAAACAUUUUCGGCAGUCAAAUGAUCUCAUUUCACAUCAGCGAGUUCACACUGGGGAGAGACCAUACAACUGUUCAGUGUGUGGAAAGGGAUUCACUACAUCCUCCAAUCUGCUGAUACACCAACGCACUCACACUGGGGAGAAGCCAUUUACAUGCUCCAUGUGUGGGAAAGGAUUCGCUCAGUCACGAGACCUGCUGAGACAUCAACAAGUUCACAAGUGAGUGCAGACAUUGGAUUCUGCUGUCGCUGCAGCUGUUCAUCACAUUCAGGACCACUAGUCUAAUUGUUUUUUUUCUGCUUGUGGUAAAAUUUGCUGGAGUUUAAAAUCCUUGAUAAGUUGCUAAUUUUCAGGGAUGCGAUAUCUCUUUUUAAAAGACACCAUCUGUAGUCUUUUGCUGAAUUCAGGGGUUUCCAAAAGGAACUCGAUUACGAUCAAAUUAAGCAAUUAUUCAUUCUAAAUUUAUAUUUGGUUUAAGAUGAUUUCAGUGUCUGAAAUGUUCCACUGAUUAAAUCUUCAAUGAGAAAGUAUUGAUUACUCUUUGCUGACAGUUCUAAUGACUCAAGCAAUUUUUGUACUGAUACUUCCAUUCUGAAAUUACCAUGAAGCAAAAUUGAUGUUGAUAUUUGGAAGUCACUGAGCUCAGUCAUUUCACACAGCAGCAAAAACAUUUGCUAAAGAUAGAACCCACAGCAAAGACUGGUCUUAAAGUCUGCUCAGCAAAGAUGACAUUUGUCAUUGAGGAAAAAGAAGCACAAAGCACAUCGUUAUCACAGCUAGAAGAUUGUAUCAAUUGAAGCCAAGAUAGACUGCAAAGGACAAUGAGACACUGAAAGAUGAACCUAGAUCAAUCCAUGUCAUGAAAUCCAAAUUGCCAUGACAACGGAAAUCUACAUCCUCUGUAUCAUGAGGUCAAGAGGGUGCUUUAUCCAACCAUCGCCAAAAAUGACUUCUUAAAGUUGUCAGAUGAUGACAUACCAGCAGAAGUAAAUAGAUGACAUGCUGGGAUGAACAUGAUGUGAGCUGCACUCCAAUGAGAUCGACAUCUCCUGGUCUCUAUUUGAUGCUCUCCCACAGCUCCCUGUCAUGGUUAGGUUAGGUGAGGCUGUCUUAUCAUUGGAGCUUGAAAAAAAUUUCUUAUCCUGGAGAAAGGCACUUGGGGAGGUCAGAAUUCCAGCUCUAGCAACUCAAGCACAGAAAGUCCCAGUUAUUUCUCAAGUGGAACAUCAUGGGCUGACCCUCGAUUCAAAAAUGAUGCCUACUUAGGUUUAUAUGUCUCAGCUGUGGUCCUUUGAGCAACUGAAGAGGCCAAUUCUUGAUGCACGUAUCUUUGGGUACUCAUGGAACAGAGUGGAUGGGGCCCUCCAACAGUGUGAUAAUGUAGUUGGGGAAUCAGAAAAGGUCAGAAUAGGAGGAAAAGCGUUUUAAGGCUGGUGGAGGCACCAGAGACAGUCUGCCAUAGGUGCGAUUAUUACAUCCAUGUUUCUGAAAUCAUUCAAAUCAGGUCAGGACCAUGGCUGAGCAGGGGAUGCCUGCAGCCUUAAACAGGAUCACAGACUAUAUCUUACAACCCGUCACUGAUCUCCACCAGAUUUUGUGGAAUGAUGUGAUGUUGAUUCAGGAGAGUGAUGAUGGAGAAAAUAAAUGUAGAAGUGGAACUCCGUGUUCCAAAAUGGUCCCACUUUAUAUUCAUCAAGUUCCACAACUGCCAUCCCCAAGUAUAGCCAAAAGACUUUCCUGAUCUCCCACUAAUUGAGCUUCCCCUUCCUCCUAUCUCUGUGCAAUAUUGUGCAGGAUGCAGCAGUUUACAAUUAUUCUAUAAUCCCUGGCUGGUGAGAAUCCAAGAUCCCCUUCAGACUAACCCAGACACUGGAAACACAUCUUCAACUCUGUAAUGGUUUUCUUGAUGACAAUCUAGAUUAAUUCGCCUCAGAGGUUAGCAGUGCUGCCUCACAGUGCCAGGGACCUGGGUUCGAUUCCACCCUCAGGUGACUGUCUGUGUGGAGUUUGUACAUUCUCCCCGUGUCUGUGGUUACUCUGGUUUCCUCCCACAGUCCAAACAUGUGCAGGCUAGGUGGAUUGGCCAUGCUAAAUUGCCCAUAGUGUUCAGGGAUGUGUGGAUAGGGUGGGUUAUAGGGGUAUGCCUGGAUGGGAUGCUCCAUGGGUGUCUGUGGACUUGUUGGGUCAAAGGGGCCAUUUCCACACUGUAGGGAUUCUGUGAUCUUAUGAUCAAUUCCCUCCCCGACAGCAUUGUAGUUCUGCCUAGAAUACAUGGACAGGCAGCUCACAAAGGCAAUUUGGGAUGAGCAAUAAUUGAGAUGCAUAAAGCUAUGAGGGGCAUUGACUGGGAGAAAUCUGGAAUUAACUGCCUUAAAGGGAGGAAGAUGCAGAAACCCUCAUAACACUUAAGAAGCCAUGCGAGAGCUUGGGCCAAAUGCUGAGAAAUGGGAUUAGAAUACUUAGGUGGUUGUUUUAGACUGGCACAGACUCAAUUGGCUAAAGGACCUUUUUGUGUUCUAUAGAUCUCUAUGAUUCUUUACAGUGGAGAUUAUCUGAAGGAAUGACAAAAGUGAGGAAGGAAAGACAGUGGAUGUUGUUUGGAUGGAUUAUCAGAAGAUGUUUGAUAAGGUUUUGGGCAGCUUGUUUAUUAAAAAGUUAAAUAGGGGCAGCAUGGAUAUGAAAUUGGGUAAAGGAGAGAAAGUGCAUUGGUUAUUGGAUAGAUUGGAGUGAUUCAGAAAGCAGUGUUUCCUAUGGGCAGAGCUGGGCCCACUGUCCUUCUCCACAGCAAAAAUGGUGCAAAAAGAUCCAAACCCCCAGCUAACUUCAAAAAUGGGGAGUGUAUGGAAUUGUGAAAAAGGCUAAAUCAUUGUGAGCAGAGAUAAUGAGAACUGCAGAUGCUGGAGAAUCCAAGAUAACAAAGUGUGGGGCUGGAUGAACAC